AUGGCAUAUACAGAUCAAUAUGUGCCCAAAGAGGGAAGCCAGGAGUACAAAGAGCAGAUGAAUCAUUGGGAUGAGGACCGCAGGCCACAACAAUACGCAGCUAUUGCUAUAACGACAUUUGUGGCUACUGUUGCAGUCAUUUCUCGACUCUAUGCUCAGCGUACAUACAGGAGAGGAUGGGGAGUCGACGAUGCUUUCAUUCUUGUCGCCUUGCUCAUUUUAUAUGCAGAGUUCAUCGCCUCUGUUCUGGUCUUGAAUAAUGGAGCUGGUCUCCAUCAGGUUCGAGUUCUCUCGGAGGACACUAACUCACCUCAUGGGCUUCAAAAUAUCUACCAUAAUUAUUGGAUCGUUGCUCUUCUUUGGGCACCCGGAGUGACCUACAUCAAACUUUCCAUCCUUUUCUUAUAUCGACGUCUACUCUUCGUCCAGCAACGCUGGUUUCAUGUUGCCUUAUGGGUUAACGUACUCUACGCACUUGCGCUGGGAAUCGCCUCUCUACUCCUCACCGUUCUUCAGUGCUCGCCGGUCGACUACUACUGGACACGUUAUGUUGCUUAUUACGGAUAUGCGUCGCCGAGCGGAAAGUGUUUGUUGAACAUGCGUGAAUAUCUGGGCUUGCUUCAGAUUCUGAGUACAGCAUCAGAUGUGGUUAUCCUGUUGCUUCCAGUACCCAUAAUUUGGAACCUCAUCAUGCCACGAUCACAGAAAUUUGCAAUUUCUGGUGUUUUCUUCCUUGGUGCUCUCGCUAUCGCCUGCGGUGCUGUGAGAAUUGGAAUGAUCUUCACGACAAAUAAUACUGAAGAUGGGACGUGGGUUAAUAUCAACACUGUCACUUUUACAGUCGUGGAAGCAGCAAUGGGAAUUAUCUGUGCCAGUCUUCCAUCAUCCGCACCAUUGUUCUCUCAUAUUCUCAAGAAAUUAGGACUCAGGAACGAGGACCCAGAACGUUUAGAUGGAGGUUUAAUCUCCGACCCACCCAUAAUCCCUAGUCAAGAGGUUGGAUCGUUCGUGAGGAUCCCAAGUCCGAAUCCAAGACUUGUGGUCAAGCAGAACUCUUUUCAUGAACUCUUUACUCCUGAGAAGAGGGCUCUGGCGCUGGUAUGGUCGCCAAAUGGAGAAGGAAACCGAGAAAGUUAUGUGUCUCAGGUUGAGCAGCCUGAGAAUGGAAUCCUGGUGCGCAAUAAGAUUGAGUUUUCUUCGAACAGACGCACGGGUUCUGGAAAAUCUAUAGAGCUGUCAGUUAGGACGACGAAACAAGCUCUCAAGGUUUGA